UUCUCCCCUGAAAAAAAAAGAAAAAGAAAAAAAAAGUCUUUCAUAGUCGAGUUAAGAAUGGCUCCAUUAUAACUCGAAAUAAAGGAUUUUUUUUAAUUAUGGCUUCUUCACUUCUACGCCGGAGAUUCUCAAACUUCAGCCUCUCUCGUCAUUAUUACGAUCAAUUUGAGACUUUACCCUGGGAGUUGAGAUUUGGACUAUUGGCUAGUCAGUGUGGUUGCUCGAGGCAGUUCAGCAACGGUGCUACAUCAUCCAGAUUUGAUUUUACGGACUUGACUCGUCCUCACACAUGGUACCCAAUUGCCAGAGAGAAGAAGCGAACUAUUUUUCUUCACGUGGGACCCACAAACAGUGGUAAAACAUAUCAUGCGUUGAAACAGUUGGAAUGUAGCUCAACAGGUGUAUACUGUGGACCCUUAAGAUUAUUGGCUUGGGAAGUAGCAAAACGUUUGAACAAAGCUAAUGUUCCUUGCAAUCUUAUCACUGGACAAGAACGGGAGGAAGUUGAAGGUGCAAAACACAUGGCUGCUACUGUUGAGAUGGCAGAUGUGACAUCUGACUAUCAAUGUGCUGUUAUUGAUGAAAUUCAGAUGCUGGGUUGCAGGAAUAGGGGUUUUUCCUUUACUCGUGCUCUACUGGGACUUGCUGCAGAUGAACUACACUUAUGUGGAGACCCUGCCGCUGUGCCUCUCAUUAAGCAAAUGUUGAAAGUUACUGGUGAUGAUUUGCAGAUAAAAUAUUAUGAUAGGUUAUCACCUCUGGAGCCAUUAAAAGUGCCCCUUGGAUCAUAUUCGAAUAUAAAAAAGGGGGAUUGCAUUGUUACCUUUUCACGUCGGGGAAUAUAUAAUUUUAAAAGAAAAAUAGAAAAUGAGGGGAAACAUCUUUGCUCCGUUGUGUAUGGUUCACUGCCACCAGAAACUCGUACGAAACAGGCAACUAUGUUCAAUGAUGCUACCAGCGAGUUUGAUGUUCUUGUGGCUAGUGAUGCAAUUGGUAUGGGUCUCAAUUUAAAUAUUUCGAGAAUCAUAUUUUCGACGCUGAAAAAGUUUGAUGGUCUGGAGAUGCGUGAUCUAACCGUUCCAGAGAUCAAGCAAAUAGCAGGGAGAGCUGGUAGAUACGGGUCCAAGUAUCCUGUUGGUGAAGUGACAUGUCUAGACAGGGAAGAUCUACCACUACUUCAUUCAUCACUUAAUUCUCCAUCUCCAGACCUAGAGCGUGCUGGAUUGUUUCCAAGCUAUGAUCUUUUGCUCAUGUAUUCAAGAGCAAAUCCACAAAAUGGAUUGUACCAGAUAUUGGAACACUUUUCAAUGAAUGCUAAAUUAUCUUCAAAUUACUUCAUAUCCGACUGUGAAGAAAUGCUUAAAGUAGCUGCCAUUAUUGAUGAGCUGCCACUUGGUUUGAAAGAGAAAUACCUCUUCUGUAUCAGUCCAGUUGAUGUGGAUGAUGAUAUAUCAUCGCAAGGACUUGUACAGUUUGCACAAACAUAUGCCCAGAAAGGCCUUGUUCAAUUACGGGAGAUUUUCACACCUGGUACGCUUACGGUGCCUAAAACACCAGCUGCUCUGCAAGAGCUGGAAUCUGUCCACAAGGUCUUGGAGCUUUAUGUGUGGUUGAGUUACCGUUUAGACGAGUCAUUUCCUGACCGUGAGAUGGCAGCUUCACAGAAGUCUAUUUGCAGCAUGUUGAUCGAGGAGUUCCUAGAGCAAUAUGGUUGGCAAGAACCAAAACUAAAGACAAAAUUCAACCAUUUAAAUUUAUCACUUUUAUCCCAGCGUAGAAGACGACAACUGUAGUCUGAUAUUUUUCUUUGGUAAAACCUAGAGACAUUGUUAUUUCAGUUGCCAGAAGCCUAACAGUUCUGUUCGAAUUGUACUAUUGAAGACGAAGCAAACUGUCAUUGGGACGAUUCCUUGAGUGUCUGCAAUCCCAUACUUUUCUGAAUUGUUUGGUCUCAGAACUUGCAAUCUGCAUGCCUGCUAGUUCAUCGUGUACUCAAUCGGCAAAGCAUCAUGUUAAGGUAGCCUCAGAUGAUUGACAGUGACACAAUGUCACCCUAUUUACUUUUGAAAGAAGUGCAUGUCGGAAGCAAACACAUGAUCAACUCAACUCAAGCUGCUCCCCUCGUGUUUACUUCUCUACCACUGUAAUAACACGUCUGUCUUCUAUAUUUUGUUUUUUGUUUUUUGGGUAGAUAGCUUCACUUUGUUGUCUUUUUGUUUAAUAGCUCACUUUGUAAUCUUAUUCAAUAAAGAUGUCCAUCGUAAUAGUUAUUUUAACGAUUUCCUUGUUUGAUUUUUAAUCGAAUAAUUUUCCUAAUUGUAACAAUGGGAUUGGACAAUCUUUGUAUUUGACUAUUUUCCCACAAUCCACUUUCUCUUUAUUUA